CCUGGCAACACGGUCCCUUUCAUUUUGUCCAUUCGCUUCACCUCGUGUUCUGCCGGUGUGAAAAAUUAGAAUUUUAAUCUAUUCCUACACUCAGCAUGUCGAUCCACAUCAAGGACUCCGAAGACCUGAACACGAGGCUGGCAGACGCUGGUGACAAGCUGGUCGUCAUCGACUUCAUGGCCACCUGGUGCGGACCCUGCAAGGUGGUCGGGCCUAAGCUUGACGAGAUCGCCAACGAGAUGAUCGACUCCAUUGUCGUAGUCAAAGUGGACGUUGACGAGUGUGAAGAGAUAGCAACAGAGUACAACAUCAACACCAUGCCCACCUUCGUGUUCGUCAAGAACAAGAAGAUAUUGGAACAGUUCUCCGGAGCCAACGUCGAGAAACUAAGGGCCACCAUCUUGAAGAAUAAGUAAAAAGGACUGCGGGGGUCGCACGCUAUCCGCAGUUGCACUAAGAUGUGUUUACAUGGGUGAUUCGAUUGCAUAGUCCUGGCUCAAAGGACCAAACCACGCAACGCACUAAGUAUCCAAAUGACGUCAUAAUUUAUAGUGUCCUAACACUAAGCGAUUUAAUACACUGUCAAUAUAGAAAAAUAAACUAUAUAUAGCUAUCGCCAAUAGUCAAAAUAUUACCCUUGUAAGCACAUCUAUAUUAUUAUUGAAUCGAGAAGUUCUGGUUCAAGAAACUUAAUAAACAUAGCGGAUGCAUUUGUAUUAAGGUUUAUAUGAUAUAUAUGAGAUAGUUUUAAUUGCAUGAUGUAACCAAAUGUUUCUAAAAGCAUAAUGUUGAAUAUUUUGGCCCAUUGCCUUGUAACUCUUGAGAUAUGUAAAACUAAUUCGUAUUGAUGCUUAGAACAGCCUUCUCAGCUGGUUACUUCCCGUUUGGGUAUAAUCCAUUUCUGAAUGUUUUGGAUUUAUUUUUUUAUCUCUCCAGGGGCCUUAUAGAUGGGUGUAUCCAUCUGUUUAGAUCGCGUUCAGAAAUUGGAUUUUGCAUUACCAAUAAAAGUAACAGAAUUUAUAAUGUUUUGGCGUAUUGCCCCAAAUAAUUGUAUAAGUUUUAAAGAAUAUUAACUAGUGUGCAAUGGGCAGAAUAUACUCUUUUUUUAAUUAUCAGUUAUAGUAGUGGUUGCUGUAAAGUGGAAGGUACACAGUUUAUUUUUUUAUGUAGAAGCCUGAUAUUACACUGCGCGCUGGGAACGCACUUGUGGCUCUGGAUUUGCGUACCCCACUAUGCUCGUUGUAUUUAAUUUCUGCAUAUUUUUAUGUAUGUUACAAGUAUUGUUACUGCAGUAAAUAUUGUGAGUAAUUGAAAA